AUGACUGAGAUGAUUCCACCGCGUGUGAAGAAACUUUGGGACAAAUGGAACAUACGAGGAAUCAUAAUACUCAGUCUCAUCCUCCAAACAAUCCUUAUUUUCUUUGCACCAAGCAGAAGACGCACGGCAAAGAAGCUCUUCCUUGUGCUCAUAUGGUCAGCUUAUCUUCUUGCUGAUUGGGCAGCUGAUUACGCGGUUGGGCAAAUCUCAGACAGUCAAGAAGAAGAAGCUGAAAAGCAUUCCAAGAACAGUGAGCUUCUAGCUUUUUGGUCACCGUUCCUUCUCUUGCACCUUGGAGGUCCAGACACCAUUACAGCACUUGCCCUGGAGGAUAAUGAGCUUUGGAACAGACACUUGUUUGGUCUUGUCUGUCAAGCCCUCGCCACUGUGUAUGUGAUAUUGCUCUCUAUACCAAAUAGGCUUCUGACUCCAACCAUAAUCAUGCUUGUGGGUGGAGUGAUCAAGUAUGUGGAGAGAACAGCUGCCUUGUUCUCAGCGAGUCUUGACAAGUUCAAGGAGUCUAUGCUCCAAGAUCCUGAUCCUGGUGCUAAUUACGCGAAGCUCAUGGAGGAAUAUGAAGCUAAGAGGAACAUGAAUAUGCCAACCGAGGUAAUUAUGAUGGAGGAUCCAGAGGAAGGAAGGGAAGGCAAGACUCCAGUAAGGCCUGAGGCUAAAUUGACACCACUUCAAGUUGUUCAGUAUGCUUACAAAUACUAUAACAUCUUCAAAGGUCUUCUCGUUGAUCUAAUCUUUACAAUUCAAGAACGCGACGAGAGCAGAGAAUUCUUCGACUCACUGACCGCAGAAGAAGCAUUAAGAAUCAUCGAAGUAGAGCUCGGCCUCAUCUAUGAUUGUCUGUUCACCAAAGCAGAGAUUCUUCAUAACAAGACUGGAGUUGUGUUCCGGUUCAUAGCUUUGGGGUGCCUUGUUGCGUCUCUCUGCCUCUUUAUGAUGACUAAGAAAAACCAAUACGAUGGAUUCGAUGUUGCCCUUACUUACGCAUUGCUCAUAUGUGGAAUAGCUCUUGAUUUCAUUGCUCUUCUCAUGUUCUCUGUAUCUGACUGGACCAUCGCUAGACUGAGGGAUCUAAAGGACGACCUGUACGAGAAGGACACUUGGGCAGACGGAGUUCUCAACUGGAUCCUCGAUUUCAAGACGCUGAAGUGGAAAAGAUCCAACUGUUCCCCUGAUGGACAUAAAGUGCUCAGCAGAAAUUUUUUCUUACGUAGAUGGUCUGAGUAUAUUCAUGCUUACAACUUGAUUGGAUUCUGCUUGGGGAUACGUCCCAAGAGAAUCCAUCACACCAAAGGUACGAUACACAGAUUCUUUGACCAGACCAUUCACAUUUUGUGCAUAGAUACUGUCAUCAACAAAACCAUCAGAGGAACUCGCCAGUUUGGUCGCUUUCUCACUCGAUUGUCUAAAAUAGACAAUCAGGUAAUGCGUACAAUUCUACUUUUUCUUCGUCUCCUCGGACUAUUGAUCUACGAUUUCCUAGAUUUUUUCGGUAUCAAAGACUUGGUUGAAGAGAUAAGAUUCACGGUAAGUGAUCGCCUCACCAAAGAGCUAUGGGAGUUCAUAUUUCAAGAGGUGCGACUAAAACACCGCUUUGCUGAAGACCAAGAAAGCUCAAAGGAUAUAUCUUCAGCUAGAGGAAACUGGACAUUACUCGAAGCAUCGCGCAAUAAAAAAGAGGACGGACCAGACUAUGCGGUACUCCUACGGUAUGUGACAGAAAAAGAUUACGAUCAGAGCAUUCUACUAUGGCACAUCGCCACAGAACUCUUCUACCAAGAACAAAUGAAAAUAAAAGUCACAGAGAAACAAGAACUCAGUAACCGAGAGUUCAGCAAAAUCCUUUCUGACUACAUGAUGUAUCUCAUUAUAGUGCAGCCAACUCUGAUGUCUGCUGUUUCCGGAAUUGCAAAGAUACGUUUCGUAGACACAUGCGCAGAGGCAAAAGACUUUUUCAGUAGGAGGAAUAUCUACGAAUCGAAAAACGAAGAAGAGAACCUUGUGAACGAAGCCAGUCGAGCUAUUCUCUCUGUCAACACCGAUGUUGACCCUAUGGCUGUGAAAGGAGACAGAUGCAAAUCCGUGUUUUUCGAUGCAAGCGUGCUUGCAAAGGAGAUGAGGCGGUUGAAAGAUGAAGGCGAAAACAUGUGGGAAGUAGUGAGCAAAGUGUGGGUUGAGAUGCUUUGUUAUGCAGCUAUUCAUUGUAGCUCCCAAGAACAUGCUUCUCAACUCAGCAAAGGUGGCGAACUCAUCAACUUUGUUUGGUUACUAAUGACUCAUUUUGGACUUGGUGAUCAGUUCCAAGUCAACAGGGAUGAUGCAAGAGCCAAACUGAUAGUGUCCAAGUGA